AUGACAACAGAGACAUUAAUCGACGGCAAUGCGGCCGCUGUCGCUGCCAAUGGACGCGAGGCGCGCAAUUUGGCCGAGAAGCAGCGCAGGGACAAGCUAAAUGCCAGCAUACAGGAGCUGGCGACCAUGGUGCCGCAUGUGGCGGAGUCGACGCGUCGCCUCGACAAGACCGCUGUACUUCGCUUUGCGACGCACGGCUUGCGCCUCCAAUAUGUGUUUGGAAAGUCGGCGUCACGGCGCAGGCGGAAAUUCUGCUCAAAAGAUGGCAGCGGUCUGCUCAAUGGUUGCAUGAAUGGAAAUAAUAAUAACGGCAGCCGCGUCGACUCGCCUUUGCUCACAGAUACACUAAUGCAACUGCUAGACAGUUUCUUUGUAACGCUCACCUGCAACGGUCAGAUUCUGCUCAUCUCGUCCAGCGUGGAGCAUCUUCUAGGCCACUGUCAGUCCGAUUUGUACGGCCAGAACAUACUUCAGAUCACACAUCCCGAAGAUCAAGCGCUGUUUCGCCAGCAACUCAUACCACGUGACAUCGAAACGUUGUUUUAUCACCAGCAACAGUCGACGACGUCAGCGUCUGGUAGCGACGGCGAUGGUGACCUGGACGAUGGUAUGGAGUUGGACCAGGAAGAAGACGAUGGCGAAGGCAAUGAGCAGAAACUGAACCAUUUAGCCUAUCGGACUCCAAGCCCCCGCACUCUAGAUCACCUGGACACGAUUGACAAGCGCCUGCGCGCCGACCGUCGCUGCUUUACAGUCCGCUUGGCCCGGGCCUCGACGCGCGCGGAGGCAACGCGUCACUACGAAGUAGUCAAAAUCGAUGGUUGUUUUCGACGCAGUGAUUCGUCGGUGACGGGCGGCACAGCCGCCAACUAUCCUAUAGUGUCGCAGCUGAUUAGGCGUUCGAGGAGUAACGGUUUGUUGGCUGCCGCAGCGGCGUCGGUCGCCGGUGCAACGGGAACGACGGCAACAUCAUGCCUGCCACAACAUGAUGCCAUCGCGCAAGCGGCGCUGCACGGCAUCAGUGGUAACGACAUCGUCUUAGUGGCCAUGGCGCGAAUCGUUCGCGAGGAGACAACUCUGUUAUGUCGCCAGCCGGAACCAUAUCAGCUGGAAUACCGCACGCGGCAUCUUAUCGACGGUAGCAUCAUUGACUGUGAUCAGCGUAUUGGCCUCGUGGCUGGAUAUAUGAAGGAUGAGGUGCGCAACCUAAGCCCCUUCUCGUUCAUGCAUCAGGACGAUGUGCGUUGGGUGAUCGUAGCGCUCCGACAGAUGUAUGACUGCAACAGCGACUACGGAGAGAGCUGUUAUCGAUUGCUGUCGCGGAACGGACACUUCAUCUAUCUGCAGACCAAGGGAUUCCUCGAUAUCGAUAAGAGCACGAAUAAGGUGCACUCGUUUCUCUGUGUUAACACGCUGCUAGAUGAGGAGGUCGGCAAGCGGAAGGUGCAGGAGAUGAAGAACAAGUUCUCAACUAUUAUUAAGGCCAAGAUACCCACGAACACCAGUCCCGAUCUGCCAGCUUCGCGUAAUCCGCAGCAACUGGAGCGCAUCGUCCUCUACCUGAUCGAGAAUCUUCAGAAGAGCAGUGGCGGCGACGGAGGAGGCAUUCAAUCAGUGGACAGCUUAGACGAUGGGUACUGCUCACCUGCCUCCACAGCCACAACGCUGACGCUCGAGGAGUUGGCGCCGUCGCCAACGCCAACAUCAACGCUUCAGCAGCCCCUGGCCCUGGUGCCACCGGCACCCUCUUCGGUCAAACACUCCAUAUCGAAAUCGGUGAGUGUAGUCAACGUGACAGCAGCCCGCUAUCUGCAGUACCAGCAACAGCAACAGGUGCCGCAUCAGAGCAUGAGAUCACCGCCUUCGGACGAUGGGAAUAGUCCAUCACCUGCAGCGGUCGCUACGCCAUCACCACCUGUGCGUGUCAGUGUGCUGAGAAAGCUCAGCUCCGACAGCGGAGCAAGUGGAGCUGCCGACGAUGCGCAGGCGCAGUCGCCGGCGCCCAUAAAACUGCAGGCGGCACUCUCCAACACGCUGCGCACCCUGGAUAGUCAACUUACAACGCAGGGACAGGAGGCCCAGACCCUCUACCAGCAGCCAGUGUUGCUGCCCAAGUUCGAGCGACGAAUGGAUGCCAUCAUGGAGGAGCACCAGAAACAGCAGCAGCUGCUGGUCAACAUCAAGAGCGAAUACGAUGUGCAUGUCCAGCAGCCGAUGCUGCUUUCCCUCCCGCAGCCACAGCCACAGCCUCAGCCCCAGCCAUCCACCCCAGUGUCAGUGAUAACCAUAACAACGACCCCACAAACGACCAUAGCCACAACGGGCACUGGCAACAGCAAUGCCGUCGCCAGCAUCGGCAGCACCUGCAACAAUGCACGCAGUCAACAGCGCCGCGCUCUGUAGCAGAAGGCCAGCGUGGGCGUGGCAGUGCGCACCCAGACUCAUGUGCCUCUCAGAAGGCUCUGAACACAUUUGUUGGAGUCUCCUGUUUUCCAUCUCCUGUCCUGAUUCUGUUUUAUGGUCCCAGUUUAAAACUCAUCCAGCUGUUCUAUUUUGCUCUCGUUCUCUAAUCCGUAUGCGAAGAGACUUUUGAAAAGAACGCACACGCCAGAGAAUUGAGAGAGAGAGAGCAAAAAAGACAAUGAAAGAGAGAGAGAGAGUGAGUGAGAGAGGAGAGAGGAGGGCAAGGGCAUCUGAGCAAUGACCGAGAGUACAAAUAUAAUUCAAACAUCGACACAUGCGACCUUCGCACCUCGUUCGAGAGUACAAAAUAUUUUGCUUUAAGCUAAGGAUUUUACCUCAAAAGAGAUUCUAGAUUUUAAACCAGUUCAAAUCGAUUGCAAGUCUUCUAGCCAUCUAUCUACUACAACAUACGAGUACACACGGCUUGUACUCGUAGUUUUCCUUAUCUUUCUAUAUUCACCUUGUGGAUUUAUGUGUGCGUCGACACCGAAAAAACAAACAAAUUAUCUACACUUUGCCGCAAGGCCAACCAAUUCUAUAUGCAUACAUAUACAUACAUACAUACAUACUCAUGUAAACACAAAUCUAUAUAUGGCUAUGUAUGUAUGUAAGCAUGUUCGUGUGUGUGGGUGGGUGGUUGGGUGCUCGUCUGGGUGAGUGUGUAGGGCGAGUUACGACUAAGUAACGAGCUCUAUACAUACAUAUGUCAAUAACCCAAUGUUUAGGUUGUAGAACAGCUUCCUCCUCAUCCUCAGUCAGCUGCCGCAAAAUAAAGAUCCCAGCUCAAGACGCAAGUGCGGGUGAAUAGAUGUACCCAUUGACUCUAAUUUGAAAAACCAGUCUUGUACAAUUGUCAUAUUUCUUUCUUUUGUCAGGUUCUUUAGAACUAUGUUUUGAAUAGUACAUUUUUUUGUUAGAAUCAAUCUGGAGUUCCAUUCAUAAAAAUGAGAAUGCUUGUGUUUUGUGUAUGAUCACUUAUUAUCCCUUAUUUUGUUUCUCAGAAAAACAUAGUAGAACUCCAUAUAUAAGAAACUUUUUUUUUACCUUCGGGGGUAUUGAAGUUCUAUUCGUUUCCUUGUCAUCUAUCGAUCCUAUAACCCUUAAAAAACUCAAUUCUGAUUAUUUCCUUUAUUCUAUCGAGUCUAAACCCCUUAAAAAUCUCAAGUUUGCAACCUUAAAGUUCGGUUCUACUAACUCCUCUACUAACAUUCCCCACCUGUGACUUCGACAAAAUAGAGUCUCUCUCUCUAAUUUAGAGAACUUUGUAAACGCUAAGGUGUCUUUCUACACAUCUGUGGAUCAGAUGAUAUACUUGAUUGAACCGUUUCCGAUGAAGGCCGCACAUGUUUAUGGAAUCUUUCGGGGCUGAGAUAGGAUUAGUAUCCCCAAAUCAUCAGUAUCAGAAUAUACCCCGUAUAAAUAACGAAGGUGUUAGGACUUCAUAUACUUUUUACUUUACCUUUUUGUAGAUGUUAACGAAUAUGUGUAUAUAAAUGAUUAUAAAAUUUGUUGUCGAAAACGGAAGAACUGUAGGCUUAUUUGUUUGUUUUUUUAAGUCAAAAAGUAAUAUCAAUAAGUAGCCACCCUUAAACCUCUGCUGGUCAUGAUGUUUUAGGUGACAGCGUAGUUCUGAGCUUCAAUUCCAAUCCACCUGUGUGACAAAUUUAUUUCUAUCCGAUGGGCGGUCGUAAUCAAUUCUCGAAAUAAAGCACAGGCAUUAGCAGUUAGGUUUGUUGUUGUGAUGCCCCUUUGGUGGUCCAUAACAGCCUUACGCCUCCCACAACCACCUAUUAUUAUAGUUUAGAUUUGCUCAGCGAUACGGCUUCGGUCGCUUAACGCAAAAACACAACCUUCACGGACGGACGGGCGGACGGACGGACAGAGACACACACCACACAGACACCCUCCGCUUGCUUAACCCGCCCACACGCACUUCGUGCUCUGUUUUCUCGUUUCUAUGAACGCAAUCAUUAUUUCUGUCUAUCCCUCAAUGAAGCCCGCGUCUGGUGCCUCCACUCGCCCCCGCUCUCGUCUCGGCGAGAACUUGGCCGCUGUUUGCCUUCCCAAUUAGCAGGCCCGCUGCGACUUGGACUUGUGUUCCAUAGCGAAAUUCUUGUAACUAUUAUUAGCAUUUUAUUAUUAUUAUUAUUAUGAUUUUUUUUUUGUGUAGCGCAAUUUCUUGUUUGGUUUUUUGUUCAUUCGUUCGUUCGCUUAGUGCGUAGAUUAAUUGUAUUGUUAAUUUAUAUAAU